AUUAACUUCAAUGACAAUCAUAUGGUGUGUUGUGUUUUGUCAUUUUGAAAACCCCCCGUGUGUGUGGAGAUUUUUAGUCACCUUAAAAAACGGCAUAUUUCCACGAUACUUAAAAAAAGGGAAACUUCAAAAUGAUGGGCCUACGAUUUUGUGCGACCUCUGCAACUCAAUUGCUUAGGAGAGCAGCCUUUGGCAGUGCCACUGGCAUGAGAUCAUCAUCGAAUGUGACAGUUCUUGAAGCGGCGGCAGGUAGUGCAAAUUCAAGCUCCACUUCAAAUACCGGCAAGCAGCAGUCGGGUAACACCACAGACACCACGCCAUCAGAAGAUGGAGAGUCUAAAAGACCCAAGUACUCCUUGGUUGCAGCUGCUUUUGAAAAUCUUCAAAAAGAUGAGACCACAACAACCAAUACCAACAAAACUGGAGGCUCGAAAGCACCUACAACAUCUUCUUCAUCAGCCAGCAACAUUGAUGAACGCAUCAACAAUGCGAAGACCAUCAAUGGGUUAUUAUCUGUAUCCGAAGGAAAUGCCACUUUGACCCGCACACAAGCUUUAAGGAUUGUAUCAAUUCUAGCCGAAUGGAGCACCAUGAAUCGGGUUAAGUUAAAUGAAUUUGAAAAUGAUUCGCGAUUUUUAAAAGUAUGUCGUAUGCUGGGACGCACUGUGCCCAAAAAUGGCAAUGGCAAUGGUGGGGGCGAAGGUGUCAAUGCACAAAAACGUAUUUCUGGCUUCCGUACCGAUGAUCUCAAUACAGUGUUGGGUGUAGCAGGUGACGAUGAAGCCGCCAAACUAAUAGCCAGCAUCAGUUUACCUCAAAUGGUAAAAGUUAUGAGCACUUUAGCAGCUCGCAAGCGUAGAAGCACUCCGCUAUUACGCUCCUUGGCCUUUAACAUAAGCAGUUCUACCGAACAUUUGGAUUUGAAACAAUGUGCGGAUAUUUUAUUUGCCAUGGCUACCUUGAACUUCCAAGACUCGGUUUUGUCUGCUAAGGUAUGUGCCGAUAUACAAGUAGCUUUGCCUAAGAAUACGGAUAAAUCUGCUGCGAUUGGUUCUAUUUUAACCAGUUUGGGUAUUCUAAAGUAUAGAGAUUUAGACAUUUUGGAAUCUCUAACACAGUGGACUCUUAAACACAGCGAAAUCUGUCGGCCACAGGAUGUCAGUGCUCUCUUCCUUUCAUCGGCCAUGUUAAACUUCAAGAGCGCCAAUAUCGAGGAACUACAACAGAAGCUGGUGAAAACCAUAGUACAACAAGAUUUUAGUAAAAGCAUAGACUGGCUAAAUCAUGUAUGGGCUUUGACAAUGCUGGGCUUGUGCAACAAUCAACAUUUGGAAAGUGUUCUCAACAGUAAAUUCGUUGAAAAACUGCAAUCGGAGAAAACUGGUUUGACGGCGACCUCCAAAAUGAAGUUGUUGAACAUGAAUAGUUAUGCCCAACUCAUAGCGAAUGGCUAUACGGGCGAGCUGAUAGCCAAUGAUAGUGUGGUCUACCAAGUUCCCAUGGCCCAUCCCAAAGGGAAACAAGUGCUAGUCAAUGGUCUUUUGGAUGCCCUAAAGAGUCUGUUACCUGCCACCAAUCAUCUUAAUAGUUUGGUCGAUAGUAAAAUGGGAUUUCUCAUUGAUGCAGUGUGUGUUUUUGAUGCUAAACGAAAUCCCUUGCCUCUUGACAAGGAGCACAAGGAUGCCAUCAAGGUGGCGUUAAUUGUGGUGGAUUAUCAUGACAUUUGUCAUGGCUCCCACAAAUCGGCGACAGGCAUAACAACACUAAGCUUUGAUCUGUUAGAGAAGAGUGGCUACAAAGUCAUACCCAUACCUUACAAUGAGUUCAAUACCAGCGACAAAUUGCUAAAGAGAGUGCAGUAUUUGGAGAGUAAAUUCAAGGCGCUCAUUAGUAGUAAAUAAAAUAAAGAAACAUAAAAACACCUCCACAACAUCUUCACCUUCUCUUGGAGAAAGAGAUUUCUUAGUUUUAAUUUCAAACACCGUGGUUGAAAAGCGUCCUAAGCCUUUCUUUGUCUACUUAUUUUAUGGAUUUUGUUGAUACAUACUAAAACGAUUGAGACAAACAGAAGAAGAAAACUUGAACAAAGUUUUAUAUAGUUUACAUUUUAUUAAUAAUUUUAGUUAAAAAAAAUAUCCUUCACUUAAAUUAAAACUCCCAGCAAAAUCUUUAAAUCGUUUUGUGAGACUUGUGUAUAGCCAAACCAAAAAGUGUUUUAAAGUGCUGCUGCAUGUAUGGAAAAUGAUUUGCUAUAACAAAUUUAUGAUUUUUAUUUUAAAAUACAAUAACAGAAUAUAUCUUGUCAUCAUCCAAAAGUUUACAAAACUGGAUGUUUGGAAAA